AUGGUAUCGAGCACACGUCGCGGGGAGCACCCGCCGCUCCUCCCCCCUCUGAGCAUCUCUGACAUCCCCCCAACAGAACUCGCCGCCUCGCCUUUGCCUAUUCGCCUCGCCCCCGCGCACGACGGCCUCCAAGCUUCGCGCGGCGAUGCUCUGUGGGCGACCGACCGGUGGCCCUCGACGUCGGGUCCUUAUAAUAUUGGGAGAGACCGCGGCGGCGCGCGCAAGCAGCGCCCUCCCUCCCUCUCUCCCUCCCUCCUUCCCUGCCCACAACGCCUCCUCACCGCCAUCAUCGCCAUCGCCGCACUCUCCCUCGCCAUCGCCGCCCUCGUCGCCCUCGCCCGCUCCGCAGGUCCCCUAGCAGCCGUGCUCGCCCUCCGCGCCCUCCUGUGGGACGCCCCCCGCCGCCUGCUGGGCAUGCCCCCCCCGGACCCCGCUCGUGCUGGCCCCGAGCAAGCGCCCCGCCCCGUCCAUCCGCACCCAAAUUCGCAUCCGCGUGCACAUCUUCACGUACAGCCGCGUCUGCAGCAUAUACAUACGCACGCGCGACAUCAUCUGGCCGCCAAAGAACCCGCCCCCGCACCCGCGGCUGAAUCACCGAACGCUAUCCCCACCACCCCCACACAAAGGCGCCCCGCGCCCCCGCAACGACGCAAAACCGCCCGCACCCGCACCCGCACCCGCACCCGCACCCGCACCCGCACCACCAUCCACCACCACACCACCCCCCGCACCGCCCUCCUCCGCGCAAAGCUCCGCCGCCUCUGCCGCGCGCUGGCCGCGGAGCAGGACGCGCGCGCCGCGGGGCAGCGCGCGCACGAGUGCAUGGUGCUCGAGGUGCUCGAGGCGCGGGGCGCGCGCGAUGCGCUGGCGGAGGAGCUGGGGGCCGAGCGGGCGCGCGGGCGGGGCGGGGCGCGUGGGGAGGUCGAGGGUGAAAUGGGAGGUGAGGGUGAAGGAGAGGGAGGAGAGGGGGAGGGGGAGGGUGAAGGAGAGGGGGAGGGGGAGGGGUGCGCGGACGUCCCGGUGGCGUUUAUUGUUUGCGAGUUGGAGAAGGUCAUCAAGGAGCUGAGCGCCGCGGGCGAGGGCGAGGCGGGCGAUGGCGGGGAGGGUGAGGCGGUCGCGUGGGUGGGCGUGGACCAGGGUGUGCAGACGCACGACGACCGGGAGGAAGUGAGCGAGGCAGAUACACCCUCGUGUGCGCGCGCAGACGCGGGCGUCCAGACCGACCCCGAGACCGACCCCGACCCCGACCCCGCCUCCCCCUCGCCCACGCACGCCCUCGAAGCCCGCUGCCUCGCCCUCGAAGCCGCCACCGCCGCCUCCCAAACGCGCGCGGCCGAGCUCGAAGCGCACCAAGCGCUCCUCGCCGCGCUGCUCGCCGAGACGCGCGCGUGCGCGAGCGCGGUCGAAGACGGGUACGAGGAGCUGCUGGCGUGCAAGGACGCGCUGCUGGGCGAGCUCCACGAGCGCGUCGCGGCGCAGGGGCUGCGGCUGCGGGCGCUCGAUGCGGCGGAGGCGCGGGCGGCGGCGGCGGAGGCGCGGGUGGGGGAGAUGGGCGAGGCGUUGGAGCGGGCGGGGGAGGUGGAGGCUGCGCUUGGGGAGGUGCGGGGGAGGCUGGAGGGGGCGGAGCGCGCGGCGGUGGGGGCUGCGGGGAGGGUGUGGAGGGCUGAGGCGGAGGCGCGGGCGGCGAGGCGGGAGAGGGGGGAGGCGGAGGCGGAGGCGGAGGGGUUGAGGGCUAGGUGUGUGGGGUUGGCGGAGAGGGUGGAGGAGGUGGAGGGGGAGUUGAGGGUGGUGGUUGGGUUGCUUGGUGGGGGUGGGGAGUUUGGGGACGAGGUGGAGGGGGAGAUGGAGGACGAGGUGGUGGAGGAGGAGGGGAGUGCGUUUGGGGUGCGGGAGGCGCUGGCGAUGGAUUUGCCUACUAUCGAUGAAGAAGAAGAGGAGGAGGAACAGGAACAGGAACAAGAACAAGAACAGGAAGAGGAAGAGUGGGUCGUUCAAGAACAGGACGAGUGGGCCGUCGAGGAGGACGCGGAGGGCGCGCACGGCGCAGCGGAGGACAUUGCGCCGGACGAAGACUCGGACGAAGACUCGGAGGGCUCGAUCGAGACGCUCGUCGCGGACCUCGGCGGCGUCUACUACCGCCAGCCAUCAGAGCCCGCGACCAAAACCGACGCGGCGCGCGCGGGCAGCGCGCCGGAGGCGGAGGCGCGCCUGACGGAGAUGACGCUGGAGUACGCGGCGGGCGGGGCGGCGGGCGGUGGGGAGGACGGGGGGCGUUCGCCCGACUCGCCGUCGGUGGGCGUGCUCCUCGCGAAGGCGGUCGCCGCGGCCGCCGCGGCGGAUGGGAGCGGGGCGCGGUUCGCGGGGCAUCUCCCGGACGACUGUCUGCCGUUCUGGGAGAUGGAUCUGGAGGUGUCGCCGGAUGGGGAGGACGAGGUGGACGGGGUGGACGAGUCGAGGGCGAUAAGGUACGCGGCGGCGCCGGUGCCGGUGUCGGGGCGGACGAACACGUCGUUGUUUUAUCGCGCGCGGGUGGCGGGCGCUGCGGGUGCGGGUUAUGGCGGUGGUGGUGGGCGCGCGCGGAGGCCGUACGGGCCGCGCGGGUUCAUGGACGGUGUGGACGUUUACGAUUAUCGGGUGGACUGA